GGCGCAUCGGGCAUGGGUCGGCGGCCGGCGGCGGAGGGCGGCUGAGGGUGGCCGGGGGUGCGCGCCUGGCCCGGCGGUGUGGCCGUUCGCAGCGGGGACCGAGCCGUCGGCUGCAGAGACCCGGCUGCGCGGCCGGAGGCGGGCGGCGGGCAGAGGAUCUCUGCUCCGCGCUGUGCGCGGCCGAGCGGGCGGCGCUGCCCGGGGAGCGAUGCGCUGAGCGCACGGAGGGCCGAGCGCGGGGUCGCUGGCGGCUCGGGGAGUCGACACAUGGAGCUCAGGAGCACCGGGCGGAGCCUGCGGCCGCCGCCGCCACUACUGCUGCUGCUGCUCCUGCAGGUGGCGGGGCCAGCGGGCACCCUGGCUGAGACCCUGCUGGACGCGUCGAGGGCCAUGGGCGCCAGCUCCAGCCCGCCCAGCCCCGCGAGCGUGGUGGCUCCCGGAACGACGCCGUUCGAGGAGAGUCGACUGCCAGUGUUCACCCUGGAUUACCCCCACGUGCAGAUCCCCUUCGAGAUCACCUUGUGGAUCCUGUUGGCCUCCCUGGCUAAGAUAGGUUUCCAUCUGUAUCACAAGUUGCCCACGAUAGUGCCUGAGAGCUGCCUCCUUAUAAUGGUUGGCCUGCUGCUAGGAGGGAUUAUUUUUGGAGUUGAUGAAAAGUCCCCCCCUGCAAUGAAGACUGAUGUGUUUUUCUUGUAUCUUCUCCCCCCCAUCGUGCUCGACGCAGGCUAUUUCAUGCCCACUCGCCCCUUCUUUGAGAACAUUGGCACCAUUUUCUGGUAUGCUGUGGUAGGGACCCUCUGGAAUUCCAUUGGCAUCGGGGUGUCUUUGUAUGGUAUCUGCCAAAUUGAAGCCUUUGGCCUGAGUGACAUCACUCUGCUCCAGAAUCUACUUUUUGGCAGCUUGAUCUCAGCCGUGGACCCAGUGGCUGUGCUCGCCGUCUUCGAGAACAUUCACGUCAAUGAGCAGCUCUACAUCCUGGUCUUUGGAGAGUCCCUGCUGAAUGAUGCAGUGACAGUGGUCCUGUACAACUUGUUCAAGUCCUUCUGCCAGAUGAAAACCAUUGAGACCAUUGACGUGUUUGCUGGAAUUGCAAACUUCUUCGUUGUGGGAAUUGGUGGGGUGUUAAUUGGCAUCUUCCUGGGAUUUAUAGCGGCGUUUACUACUCGGUUCACGCAUAACAUCCGAGUGAUUGAGCCACUCUUUGUCUUUCUGUACAGUUAUUUGUCCUAUAUAACGGCUGAAAUGUUUCACCUCUCAGGUAUCAUGGCAAUCACUGCUUGUGCAAUGACUAUGAAUAAGUAUGUGGAAGAAAACGUAUCUCAGAAGUCGUACACCACCAUCAAGUAUUUCAUGAAGAUGCUGAGCAGCGUCAGCGAGACCCUGAUCUUCAUCUUCAUGGGCGUGUCCACUGUCGGGAAGAACCAUGAGUGGAACUGGGCCUUCGUGUGCUUCACUCUUGCCUUCUGUCUGAUCUGGCGAGCGCUGGGUGUCUUUGUCCUGACUCAGGUCAUUAAUUGGUUCCGGACGAUUCCCCUGACCUUUAAGGAUCAGUUCAUCAUUGCCUACGGCGGGCUCCGAGGUGCCAUCUGCUUUGCGCUCGUGUUUCUCCUCCCUGCUGCUGUGUUUCCUCGGAAAAAGCUGUUCAUUACAGCUGCAAUUGUUGUCAUAUUCUUUACUGUCUUCAUCCUGGGAAUUACUAUCCGACCACUAGUGGAAUUUCUCGAUGUUAAGAGGUCGAAUAAGAAACAACAAGCUGUCAGUGAAGAAAUCCAUUGCAGGUUUUUUGAUCAUGUGAAGACUGGAAUUGAAGAUGUUUGUGGACACUGGGGUCACAACUUCUGGAGAGACAAGUUUAAGAAGUUCGAUGACAAAUACCUGCGGAAGCUUUUGAUUCGCGAAAACCAACCCAAGUCAAGCAUUGUGUCUUUAUAUAAAAAGCUUGAAAUAAAACACGCCAUCGAGAUGGCAGAGACGGGGAUGAUAAGUACGGUUCCUUCUUUUGCAUCUUUGAAUGAUUGUCGUGAAGAAAAAAUAAGGAAGCUCACACCUGGUGAAAUGGAUGAAAUUCGAGAAAUAUUAUCCAGAAAUCUCUAUCAAAUCCGUCAGCGAACUUUGUCCUAUAACAGACACAAUCUGACGGCUGACACAAGCGAGCGACAGGCCAAGGAGAUUCUAAUCCGACGGAGGCACAGUUUGCGAGAGAGUAUCAGGAAAGACAACAGCUUGAACCAGGAGCGCAGGGCUUCCACUUCAACCUCUCGAUACUUAUCCUUACCAAAAAAUACAAAGCUUCCAGAAAAGCUGCAAAAGAAAAAGAAUAUUUCUAAUGCAGGCGGUAACAGCAGUGACUCGGACACAGAUGUUGGGACCACCGUCCUCAAUCUGCAGCCCCGAGCAAGGCGCUUCUUGCCAGAACAGUUCUCAAAGAAAGGCCCCCAGCCCUAUAAGAUGGAAUGGAAGAACGAGGUAGACGUUGAUUCCGGACAGGGGCAGCCUUGUGCCCCCCCAACUCCACACAGCAAAGAGGGGGGCACCCAGACCCCAGGCAUGCUACGGCAGCCCCUUCUCUCCAAAGGCCAGUUUGGCCCCGUGAAGGAAGACAGUGGGACUGAAGGCGUCCUACCCAAGCCACCACCCAGGCUGGUCCGAAGGGCAUCAGAACCUGGCAACCGGAAAGCCCGAUUUGGAAGUGAGAAGCCUUAAUGGAAAUGGCCAAAGCAGAACUGGGAUGACUGACCCGGUGCAGCUAGGGUUCGUUACUCUGAAACCUGACACAACAGUGGGAUCCAUUUAAUACCCUCCAUGCAUCUAAAUACUUUCAUUGGGUAGUAGAGUCACACCAUUGACCGACGGGAUGAAUGCUUAACCCAAGAAGAGGAAAAUCAAAGAAAAAAAGCCCCAUAAAAUGCCUUUUAUGACUUCUCACUAGCACUUAUAUUCUUCGCAAGCCUAAAGAAAAAAAUUGUGUGCCUUUAUUGAACUUGAAUGACAGAACUUGAAGUUUUUAACACACCCAUGUUGGUGAAAAUUUUAAUAUAUACAUAUAUGCCUCAGAUUUUAUUUAUGAAAACCUAUGUAUAUCUGUAAUCAGUUUGUAAGCGAAGGGCGUUAAAAAUACUCUACACCUUUCCAAGGUGUAAAGGGCAGCUCCGGGAGGACGGUGGACCAUCUGCUCAGAGCCAAGGUGUUUUCCCAUCCUGAGCUGAUGAGCAGUGGUAAAGGAAGAGCACAGCAUGGAGAAGGGAUGCUUGGUGAACUCAGACUGGGGAGGCAGUCAGAAUAUUUGGGCAGAUGAGAAGGCCUGGCUCCCAGAAUGCAGAUGCCCGUGAAACAAUGAGUCAGCUGGAUUUAAUUUGUUCCUCAUGCUACCGGAUGUUUGAGGGUGACCUAGAGAUUCCAUCUCUUGUGUGUGUUUGAAUGGUGCAAAGAGAAAGGCUGUGUGCAUGACACGGUGUAUGACAGACUUGGUGGCAGCUUUGGAUGAAGUUCCAGUGUGGGCCUUAUGGUGUACGUGGGGAGACAAGGCAGCCGCUUACAACUUGUUGGCAGGUUUUACAUUGUGCAAUACUGGGAGGAGGAUGCAGGAGAUUCCCUUUCAUGUCCAUCUAUGACUACCUGCUAUAGAAUUUUUCUGUAGAACAUUCUAGAACUUUGAAAACAGAUCAGAGGCUCCAAGCAGUUUAUAGAGACAGUAUUCCAACGUUUAACAAAUUGGUGAGCGUUCAGAUUUUGAAAUUUAUUCAGAAAGCACUUUGGAGAAUAUAGGAGUUGUAUUUUUUUUCUUUUUUGCACUACUCUAUAAUUUAUCUUUUUGCCCCUCAAUAAAGUAGUGACUCAAAUUCUUUAUAUAAAAAUGGAUGCUACUCAUCUGAGUACUUUUUAAAAGUACAGCAGAAAGACAAGAAGUGGAAUAUAAUCAUUAAAGAUUAAUAUUUGAAUUUCCAUUUUAAACUGUAGAUUUUAUUGGCCUUUUUUUCCUACCCGAAAAAAAUCCUCUUUAAA